UGCUGUUGGUAACAGACGCCAAACAUCGUUAAAAAAAACCUCACAGUGCAGUCAUGAGUUCGCCUUUAUCGAUGUUAAAGAAAACUAGACGCGCUCCACUCCAAUGUGAAAGUGAAAAUGCCAGACGGGGCCAAAAUCAAAGGCCUUUCAGGGAGCCUGUAUCACCAGGUAAUCCAAGUCUUGCUGUGGCCAGUCCCACUCAACCCAGUGAUGUUGACACAACCAGUUCAAAAACACAAAUCAAAGGUGCUUCCUCAAGCGAUGGUAUGCUGAUGUCUGCCAUGAUGCAGAGAAUUACCUGGCUGGAGAGGAAGGUUAGAAGCCAGAAAGAAGAGAUGGUGCAAAAGGAACACACAAUUUCAUUGUUGAAGGAGCAACUGAACGCUCACGAAAAGUCAGGUACUCAGCACUCAGGACUUUAUGGAAGCAUGAAGAAAACAGAUUUGUUUAUGAUAUUUGAUUUAGAAAGUGGCAAUGUUGAAAGCUGCUGCAGCCUUAAGAGAAAGUCCCAACAGCUGCAGCACCAAGUGGAUGAAAUGGUGAGCUUCCUCAAUGACUAUGGUUUGAUUUGGGUGGGGGACAAGAAGCAAGGUGAUGCAGCAGCGCAAACAAGCUCACUUACAGGGGACUCAGGGGCCAGGAAUUUCCACUUGGAUUUUGAGUUGGUGCUAAAGAGGAUCAAGGAGCUGAAUAUCCUGGCAGGAGAGGGUGAAUCAUUCAUACAAUCCACACGCAGGGGGGCACAGUUGGCUCGGAAGGAUCCUGUGCAACUGAGGCUCUACAAAAAUGGCAUUGUAAUGUUUGAAGGACCUUUCCGAUCCUACCAGGAGGACAGCACCCAGCAAUGCAUGCAGGAUUUUAUGGAGGGAUAUUUUCCAUCUGAGCUUCAAAGCAGAUAUCCAGAUGGUGUGCCUUUUGAGGUCCAUGACAGACGAGACGAGGAGUUUGUCCCCAGACGCCCAUGGAAGACAUUUCCUGGUAAAGGACAGACUGUAUGCGAGACAAAAGAGGCGUCAUCUUGGGGUAUGAAGGCAUUAAGCACAAACCAGUUCCUGAAAAGGCUGCCCACAUUUGUGGUAAAGGCGGGUCGAGUGAUUGACGUCAGGGACUCAGUGUGCAGAAUCUUACAAGGUUCAUCUAACAUCUGCAACAGCAACUCAGUGAUCCUCGUGGACACACCAGCAGUGCAAGCAAACAAGGACAGGCUGACGACACCCACCUCUGACAGACCUUCUUCUGGCCAUAAAAUCGUCACGCUCAAGGUGAAGUCAGAAGAUGGCAAUUGCACGUACCUCCUAAAAAUGGGCCUUAACGAGACCGUGGGUCACCUACGGCAACACCUGGACUCACAGAGGGGUCAUGACCUGGCUGGCUAUGACAUCAUCAGCGCGUACCCUCAGCAUCACUACGAUGAUGAUUGCCAAACACUUAGGUCUUGUGGGCUCACAACCAAUGUCACUCUUCUUCUGCGAGGAAGGAAAAGGGCAAUUGAUAGAUAAAUGCCUUAUCUAAUGAUUAAUAAGUGUGUUUGGUAGCCACAAAAUAUUUGUGUUUGUCAAUGAAAUAAAAAGACAGCCAUUCAGGUAUGGUUAAAGUAAAAGGCAGUUAUUAUUCUCUGACGAUAACAUUUUCCUUUUAAUUUUAAUUCAACGGGAAAACGCAUAAAAAAUGUAUCAAAUAAGUCCAAAUAACCAAAUAAAAGUAAUAUAUCUUAUUUUAUAAAGAAAUUAUACAGUGAUCAUACCAGAAGACAGAUCAGAAAGAUACAUUUGAUAUAGUCCU